CUCACACGGGGAUACUGAAGUUGCUUAGAUACCGCGAGACUCGGCGACCGAGCGACUCGUCAUGUAGAUAGGCAUGGCGUCACUCAGACGGCGAUACUGGAGUGGCGGAGACUGGAAGUCGUAAGCAACGUAAAUCCCGGCGACUCAGCAUGCUGGUCUCCACGCUACUCCAGUAGCCUACGCGGCGCGAUACUGUAUUGUAGCGAACAAUGGGCGAGCAGGCGUUUAAUAUCAAAUUUGUAAACGAAGUUGAGAAACACCCAGAACUCUAUAACUACAAGUUGAAAGGGUAUUCAAAAAAGGAUGUGACUGACAAAGCAUGGAAUGAUGUCGCAAAAGAAGUGCAACUCACAGUUAACGAAUGCAAAGAAAAAUGGAAAAAUCUCCGUUCAGUUUUUGUCCGUCACAUAAAGCCACCUCCAAGUGGUUCAAGUUCCAAAAAUAAGAAACCAUAUUAUCUAUCGGAGGCAAUGAAAUUUACCCUACCAUUCAUAAAAACGCUUGGUACACCAUCGGGGAAUUUGCCAGAAGUCAUCAAUGAACAAAACCUGGAACACAGUUCAUCUGACCCAACACAAAAUACGGAAGACGUUGCGGCUGAAGAGGAGGAAUAUAUCUCAGAUAACGCAAUACUAACUACAACACCACAACUUUCCCUUCCUUCACCUAUGCUGCCAAAUACUGACUUCUCGCAAGAACAUGCUCAUCAUUCCCAACAAAUGACUCAUGAUCCCUUUUCCAACCCAAAAGAUAAUUUAUCAAAGCGUAAAAAGCAAACAGUGACGGAAGUGGACAAGUCCUUUAUGGAAUACAUGAAUGCAAAGAAAAGGAAACUUGAAUCGAAUUCAAACGAUGAUAGGCAAGUAAAAAAGUCGUUUCUUCUAAGCCUUUUACCAGAAAUCGAACCUUUGACAGAUGCACAAAUGAAAUCAUUCCGACGUAGGGUUCUGCAGCUUAUUGAUGACAUCACGAAUCCAAAAGACAUGCACCAACACGUACCAGCUUACCAACAGACCCCAACUUACUCCUACAGUGUUUCCACGCAUUCAUCGUUGGCUACAGAUAAUGCUUCAAUUUGUUCGUCGCCUGGAAAUCAAACUAUUCCACAGAAAGUACAAGAUACUGAAACGCAACAGUAUUUUGAAGUCAUCCAAGAGACUUUACAAUAUGAGCAGGAACAUAAUGUGAUGUGAUGUUUUGUUGGGUGUGUAAACAUAUAACUUUGGUGUACGUGUUUUUAUCUCUAUUAUGUUGUUUAUUUUUGUGUUUACAGUCAUGAUUUGAAUGUUUGUGUAAUGGGUAUUCUUUAAAUAGUUUAUAUAUAUACAUUUUUUCUUUUGCAGUACAUUAUUUGAAUGUGUAUUUCUUAGGUAUAUUUGAAUUAAACAUUGGAAUGAAUUUAUGCAUAAGAUAUGUUUAUAC